AUGGCAGAGGCUCUUGCAGAUAAUUAUACUACAUGCGAGGCAAACACUGCAGACUCUUCUCUAAAUGAUGAAGAGAAAUUUCUAAAUGGGAAUAGUGAAACUAUGAGUAAAGACGAUAAUGAUGAAAAUGGUAGUUAUCCAGAAGAUAUCGAAAGUUAUAACCCGGAUUUUCAAGUUGAAAACGGAAAUCUAUCUGACGAAGAAACUGUUGCAUCUUCUUUCACUCAAAAAUCUCAACCUAAUACAGGGAUUCCCAUUACAAGAACUCAAACUGGUUUCUUUUCUUCUAAAUUGAUUCAACAUAGGAAAAAAAUAGCAUGGAAAUUCAUUUUAUGUAACCUCUUUUUAGCAGUAGUCUGCUUUUCCAUAUUACCAAUAUAUUGGGGUGCCACUUAUCGAACUGCUUCCAACUAUCAUAAACUUAACAUUAUAGCCGUUAUACAAGAGGAUCAACUUAAUAAUAACAAUACUGCCAUACCAUUAAUGACUACUGUAUUUCCAACCCUGAUUCAUUCAGUACCAGGUAAUUGGCAUAUUUAUAAUCAAUCUCAUUUCCAACAAAAAUUUAAUGUUCAAGACCCUUCUCAAAUAAAUGCCAAAAUAAAUCAUUUGGUUCAUGAAGAACAUUAUUGGAUAUCUCUAAAUGUGAAAGCAAACGUUACUGCAGCAUUAAUAGAUUCUUUAUUAAACUCGACUUCACCAAGUUUCAACUCUACAAAUUUUUUUGAAGUCGCCUAUGAAAGUGCAAGAGAUCCUGCCAAUUUGAAAGCUUAUAUAUUACCAUUAGCUCAAGAAGUUGAAACCUUAUAUCGAAACUAUUAUAAUGAAGAAUAUCUACCCACUUUGCUUUCCACUUUAUUAAAUGCAACAAAUAAUGGCGAUAAUAACGCCACUUCAAUAGCGACACAAUUCAACUCAAAAAAUUGGGCGAAUUCAGGUAAGAUGUUAUUCCAAUAUAAUGACUUAGUCUCAUUUGAUAAUAGACUUUUAAUGGCGCCUUUACAAGUUGGUUUAAUCUAUUGUAUAAUCUUAACAGUUUUCCAACUAUCCUUAUUUGGUCCCCUACAUGCAGAAAUGGCGAAAGUCUUAAGACCAAAACAUAUGAUAGUUUAUAGAAUAUUAAUCUCCUGGUGUACCUAUUUUUUCCUUUCUUUGUUCUUCUGCACAAUCUCAGCUAUGUUCCAAGUAGAUUUCACAAGGGCGUUUGGUAAAGGUGGAUUUGUCGUAUAUUGGAUGACAACAUUUUUAACCAUGAUGGCAUUGGGUGGUGCAAAUGAGAAUGUGUUGAGUUUGGUGUUGAUCUUUUUUCCACAAUAUUUAAGUCUGUGGCUAAUUACGUGGAUUAUCACGAAUAUUUCUGUGACUUUUUAUCCUAUGGCUUUAACUAGUUAUUUUUAUAGGUACGGAUAUAUGAUGCCAAUUCAUAAUGCUUUUGAUAUUUAUAAGGUUGUUCUUUUGAACGUGUCAAAGCGGAAGAUGGGGAGAAACUACGGUAUCUUAGUUGCAUGGGUCGUCAUAAAUACUGCUUUGUUCCCAUUUGUUUCAAAGAUUGUGGGUUGGAAAAUUAAGAAAAAUAUGGCUGCUACAGCUUCUCAAGUUAAGAAAUAG